AUGAAGACACUGCUGGUUUCUGCGUCCUUGUUCGCACUGACACACGGUGUGUACGUGAUGCGGACGUUCGCCGAUGCCGCCACGUACAAGGAUGAGUGCGUCGAGCAGUAUCACGCCAAGGGAAACUCGCUGAUCGACUACAUGCGGCAGGUGUACCGCGAUAACGACGCCGAUGAUGACAGCCACUGGUGUGUGAUACGGUGCAUUCUGCUGAAGUCGGGCCUGCUGCUGCUGGACGGUGCGGUCGACGCGUUCCAGGUGGACAACAUCCACGAGCAGAUGCAGCAGAGCAACGCCAUCGUGGAGGACCCGGAAGACAUUCGCAGCGAAACGGACCGCUGCCUGCGGGAGUCGGACCGCGUGUGGGAUACGUGUCUACGGGCGUAUACCUUCUUUUCGUGCAUUCAGAGCACCGAGUAUGAUCUGUUCUGA